CUAGUGACGAAAUAUGAAAAAUGACAACCUUUCUUGCACUCUCUCCCUCUGCUCCGCCUCGACAUUCUUUCUCUUCUCUCAGAGCAGCCGCAAGCAAGAUCUCUUCUUCUUCCUUCCUCGAGCUCCAGAACCACCGCCCCGUUUCCGACGAAAACCCAAGAAGUCCCCUGUCGACCGGACUCUCCUGCCGACUGCGACUAGCGCAGCCGGCCAGCUCUAGUCGAAUUCUCACCAGCGGUCCAGCUUCUCUUCUGCCAUCGCAUCCGGGUUUUGGCUAUCUUAGUGGGCAAUUGGCGACCAAUUUUCCUUACCGGAGAGUUUCACCCUCCUGAUUGAUUGUCAAGGAAGGACUUCUAGUAGGAGCUUGCUAUGGCAGCAGCUACCUAUCCGCCACCUCCGCCGUAUUACAGACUGUACAAAGAUUACUUGCAGGAUCCUAAGUCCGCACCGGAGCCACCCCCUCCAGUUGAGGGGACAUAUUUAUGUUAUGGGGGCAAUUACACUACUGAUGAUGUGAUUCCAAGCUUGGAAGAUCAGGGGGUGCGGCAGCUGUACCCUAAGGGACCAAAUGUUGAUUUCAAGAAGGAAUUGAGAUCACUAAAUAGAGAAUUGCAGCUGCACAUUUUAGAGCUUGCUGAUGUUCUUGUUGAGAGACCUUCACAGUAUGCAAGGAGAGUGGAAGACAUAUCCCUGAUAUUUAAGAAUUUGCAUCACCUUCUCAAUUCGUUGCGGCCUCAUCAGGCAAGAGCCACCUUAAUUCACAUUCUAGAGCUUCAGAUUCAACGGCGUAAACAGGCAGUGGAGGAUAUUAAGAGGAGGAGAGAAGAGGCACAGAAACUUCUCAAGGAGGCAGUCGGAACAUUAGAGGGACAGUAGGCCCACAGAAGCCGACUUCUUGCCCUUCGAAGUGCUUAUGUGCGAGUUAACUGUUGUAUCAGCUGAGAAUUUCCUGCUGCUGCAGUGAUUUUCAAGACGCCAUGCAAACAUACGGACAAGACGAGAAAAGGAAGAAGCCUCUCCAACGACCAAGACCUGAAGUAGCAGCAGUAGCCAGCAAUGUCGGGUUAUUCUACUAGUAUCGUUGUAUUUUGUAGCUUAAAAACUGAUACUGGUAGAUAGUAGUAAGGGGAUUUUCUGUUAGGUUCUGUGAAUCAUCUUUUCAUGUUCGAACGGUCAAUAGAAAGAUCAAAGAUGGGUUAGUUUCUGAUAUAUAAAAAAUCAAUGGCCCCAGCCCAGCUUUAACUGUGACAGACACCAAAACUCGAUAUGGAUUCCGGUCGCUUUGGACCGUUUAGUACCGUUUCAUUCCUCUCGUGGUAGCAGUAUUGUUGCAACACUAGAUGUACAACCAUAGCACUGAUAAUUUUGAGAAGUCAUGAAAG